GCUUUUAGGUAGGUACCGGUUGGGUUAAUCUGGCGCGAGUUGAGAAUUAGGGUUUUGUAUCAGAGAUAUUAGAACCGCCGCCGAGGUCUAGGGUUCUCUCCUCAUUCAUUCAAGCUAGAGAAGAGAGAGAGAGAGACACACACACACACACACAGAGACGCCAUGGCGAGGAUCAAGGUUCACGAGCUGAGGCAGAAGUCCAAGGCAGAGCUAUUGGCUCAACUGAAGGAUCUCAAGGCAGAGCUUUCUCUCCUCCGCGUUGCCAAGGUCACUGGCGGUGCCCCUAACAAGCUCUCCAAGAUAAAGGUGGUGAGGUUGUCGAUAGCACAGGUGUUGACGGUGAUCUCGCAGAAGCAGAAGUCGGUUCUGAGGGAGGCUUACAAGAACAAGAAGUACCUGCCUCUUGAUCUUCGUCCCAAGAAGACCAGAGCUAUCCGUAGACGCCUCACCAAGCACCAGGCAUCAUUGAAGACAGAAAGGGAGAAAAAGAAGGAGAUGUACUUCCCAAUGAGGAAGUAUGCGAUCAAGGUUUAGGUUUUUAGCAUCUUUUAUGUUUCUACUAUCUAUAUGCCGUGGAUAGUGAGAUAUUUUUCCGAUUAAAUUGUUUUUCUUUUCGGUUUGCCCAAACAUAUGCUGAAUGAGAACUUGAAACAUGAGUUUUUGUUAUAUUUUUCUUUUUACAAUAUUGUUCUUCUUUAGUUUAAUGUUUUCAUGGGAGUGGGGAAUGUGUAGUUGUGGCUUUGCUCAUUUUGUCCAAUAAUAAUUGUUUCCACCUAA